AUGGCUGGUACAAAGCAGACUGCCCAAAAAUCCACCGGUGUUAAAGCACCCAGGAAACAACUGGCUACAAAAGCCGUCCGCAAGAGUGCGCCCUCUACUGAAGGGCGUCUGGUGCGAGAAAUUGCUCAGGACUUCAAAACAAAUCUGCGCUUCCAGAGUGCAGCUAUUGGUGCUUUGCGGGAGGCAAAAGCUGCCAGACUGCUCAACUCUUUCUGCACUGUGGAGAAGACUUUGCAGUGCAGUUGCUCCUUUCGUGGGAUCCCCACACCCUCUGUGCAUUGGUGGAUGGAUGGUGUUCCUGUGGAUGUGAUCAGUGGGCAUGGCCACCUCCAGGUGACCUCUACCACACUUGGCCCUUGGGACAACAGCACCCUCAGCAUGGCCAAAAACCCAGGAAUGGGCACAGUCCUUCUUUGUGAGGGAAAGAACCAACAUGGAACCCAUGGUUUGAGUAUCCUACUGAUGUCAAGAAGGGGCCCUUUCGCUCCCCAGAUCUUUCUGAAAGCAUUGCUCCACGGUGUUGUCUAUGCAGCCAUGGCAACCACACUACUUUUCAUCUGCCUCCUCCCCUUAAUAAUGAAACUUCUCAGGAUGCAGAAGGCAAAGAAGUGUGCACAGAGGAGAGCACAGCAGGACUCUGAGCCUGGACCAGAGGGAGACUCCAUCGUGAAGUCCUCCAUCGUGAAGCCCAAGGAACCUAGAAAAUCCAGAACCAUGUCACCUGGGAAGCAGCUCUCAGAAAAGGAAGCCAUCCUGAAGCCAGCGGAGUCAGCAGAGUCUCUGGAGGAAAACGCACCACAUCCAAAGCUCCCACUAUUCCCAGAAUUUCAAAAACCCAUGGAGACCCCAGAAACCCCAAGUCCAUAA